AUGUUCGACACAGGGGCGGAUCGCUCAUUCAUCAGCAGUGACUUGACUCACCGAUUUCGACUCGAUGACAUUGACACGUCACCCGUGUUGGCUGGAUCACAGCGCCACUACCUCGCAACACUCAGCGAAGAGGGUAAGGAAUUCUUGUUGGAAAACGACAUGCAACUUUCCAUUGAUCCCUCCAUCAAGACUGUCCGACCAGCCGUUCUGCUUGGAUGUGCUGAUCUCUUUUCCCUACUUGAUACCGGAUUGAGAACAAACUGUACACUACCGUCUGGAUUAACGUUGAUCCCUUCCAAACUGUCACCCGUGUUGGCUGGAUCACAGCGCCACUACCUCGCAACACUCAGCGAAGAGGGUAAGGAAUUCUUGUUGGAAAACGACAUGCAACUUUCCAUUGAUCCCUCCAUCAAGACUGUCCGACCAACCGUUCUGCUUGGAUGUGCUGAUCUCUUUUCCCUACUUGAUACCGGAUUGAGAACACACUGUACACUACCGUCUGGAUUA